AUGCGAUUCUUGCGCAAGAAUAACAUAUCGAUUCAGACACUAGUAAAUGAUGCUUGCUGUCAAACUGAUACGUGUGAUGAUGAAAUACAGGAAACGGAACAUGUCGAUGCUUUGGAUCAGUUGAAUAUAUGUGAUCCUUUUACACGUUUGAAUUCUGAUGAUUUAUUAGAUCAGAAACGUUUAACAGAUAUUACUUCAGCUACUACAACUGUUUCUUCUGAACUACCAUUUUCAUCUACACUUGGUGAAUAUUUAUAUCAAGAAGUUCUUUUAACUAACACGUUUCAUAUCUAUAUAAAAUCUUGUAGAGAAAUUGUCAAUCUUACCUGA